AUGCGUACCGACCAUGUCCAGGUGGAACAGCCCUACAGCUGUCGAAGAUGCCACUUCCUGGCAAAAUGCCAUCAAUCAGAGCGCAUCAUCAGUAAAAGCUCUUUACGCCACUCAUCGCAGCGUCGCUUACGAGACGCUACAGGCUCAGUCUCUCGUCCCUCUGCAUCCUCAUCGUCGCAGAUACGCCCACCUCGUAGAGCGCUUGCGGAAGAGACCAACUCGCAGCCUACCGCCGCCAUGAAGCGUUCCAGAUCGCAGGCGGAGCUGUCCCAGCGCCGAGGGCUCAAGAGAUCUCCUUCCGCAUCGGCGGAGUUCCCCUCGCCUUCUCCCGCGCAACCGACACCUAGCACCAGCAACGGCCGAGCCAACGGUGUCAAUGGUGCGUCGAACGGUCCGCGUCGUUCCGAACGCGAUGUGUCCGGAUCUCCUUCCAAGCGCAGACGUGCCACCGCAGCAGAUUCAGCAACGGUCAAUGGUAUGUCACCGCGUCGUAGACGCUUCACAACGCGUAUGCUUGGCUCGGACGACGAAGACGAAGAUGAUCAAGCAGCAGCAGACGAUACGGAGCUGAUGGAUGCUCCUCCUGAGAGUCUCGUCCCUGCCGACUCGGAGCCCGCCACAGGUGCGGAACAAGACAUCCGCAAACGACGCUCUCCAGACAACUACCUUCCUGGAUCCAUUCGUCGCAUCGCUCUCUCCAACUUCCUCACGUACGACUUGGUCGAGUUCCGCGUCGGUCCCUACCUCAAUCUCAUCUGCGGUCCCAAUGGUACCGGCAAGAGCAGUAUCGCCUGCGCCAUUGCUCUGGGCCUCGGAGGCCACCCGAGUCUGCUCGGUCGUGCCUCGAACCUCGGCUCGUUCGUCAAGCGUGGCGAAACAGAUGGCUGGAUCGAGAUCGAGCUGCAGGCGUGGCCCGGCUCUUCCAACCCCGUGGUUCGACGUACCAUCACCACCUCGAGCAACAAAAGCGAUUGGUACGUCGACGGUCGCAGCACCACAAAGACUGACGUCCUCGCCAUGGUCUCCGAGUUCAACAUCGACGUCGCCAACCUAUGUUCUUUUUUGCCGCAAGACAAAGUGCACGAGUUUGCAAAGAUGACCGAUGCGAAGCGUCUCGUCGAGACCGAAAAGGCGGUCGGCGGAGCAAGGCUGGUUCGAUGGCACGACAAGCUGACCGAGCACGGCAAAGCGGCAGCUGAGAUCGCGAGCCGUCUCAAGGCGAGGCAAGAGGAGAAGGCGCAUCUCGAGCAACGCAAUCAGGCGCUGCAGGUCGACGUGCAGCGUUUCGAGGAGCGGCAGGAGAUUGAGCGGCGUAUCGAGAGGUUGGAGGUCAUGAUCGCCAUGGCUGAUUACAACCGAACCAAGCGUAGCGUCACCGAGCUGCUCGAGGAUCGCGAGAGGAAGCGUCAAGAUCUCAUCGACGCCAGAAAUCAGAGCGAACCCAUCCAGCAGAAGCGCAAGGACCUCGACGACAAGACGGCGAAGCUCGGACUCGAGCUCAAGCGGCUCGAAAGCGUCUACGUCAGCGACGAGAGGAAGCGCCGGCAGCUGGUCACUCAGGUCGAAGAUGCUGGGAAAGAGAUCGAGGCAAAGUUGACCGAGGUCGGAACGCUGACGCGCAAGGAUCAAGAUCGUGCACGACGAGUGCUGGAAUUGCGGAAAGAGAUCGCGGACCGAUCCGCACAGCUCGGGCCCGAGCCUGGUGUGCAAGACACGGCCGAGAUCGAGGCCGACAUGCGCAGCAAGAGGGACAAGCUCGGCGACUGCCAUACGCGACGCGGCGACAUCAAACGCCAGAUCCAGGACGUCAACUUCGAGAGCCAGAAUCUCGACAAGGGCCUGCACACGUAUCGCCAGCAGCUGGCGCAGCUCGACAACGUACCGCAGCAGCGGCUCGAGAAGAUCCGCGCUGCGGACGAAAACGUCUACAAAGCCGUCGUUUGGCUGCGCGAAAACCAACACAAGUUCCGCAAGACGGUGCACGAACCCGUGCUGCUCGAGAUCUCGCUCAAGGACCAGCGCUACGCUGCCGCUGUCGAGUCGUGCAUUCCGUUUGCGGUGCAGAAGUCUUUCGUGUGCCAGACGCGAGAGGACUACGAUCUGUUCACGAGCGAGCUGAUCGACCGGAUGAAGCUGCGCAUCACAGUCGCCGAGGUGGAGGGCAUCACGCUCGAUAGCAUGAAGCCGGACGUGCCGCGCGAAGAGCUGGCGAACCUCGGGUUCGAAGCGUACAUUAUCGACAUGAUUGAAGGACCUCACGAUGUGUUGGUGCACCUGUGCCGGCAGUCUCACCUGCACCGAUUGCCGGUGACUCUGAAUCCGAAUGUGGAUGUGGAGAGGAUCGAGCAAUCCGAGCGAUUCAGGAGGUUUAUCGCUGGUGGCGAGAAUUUCACCAUCAACGUCUCUCGCUACGGCAACGAUGCUCGGCAGACGGUUUCGAGGCGGAUCGUACAGCCGAGGAGUCUGGUCAACUCGGUCGACCGAGAAAGGCAACGAUCGCUUUCGACGCAGAUCCAACAGCUCACGGACCAGAAAAAGGUGCUCGAGGGCAAGACGCUCCAGCUGCUCAAAGAGGACAAAUCGAUCCAGACGGAGAUCGGCAAGCUCGAGCAGCAGAUCGACGACCUGAAGUCGGCGAAACGCGACUGCGUCGGAGCGCAGCGUUCGUGGGAGCGGGAAUCCGCGUUGAUCGAGAACCGACGUCGCGAGCUGCGGGAUAAAGAACGCGAGCCGUCUGCGGAGGAGAAGCGAGCGCGGUUGAUGAAGGAGAUCCGCAAGAUGGCGACGCGCCGCGCACAGAGGACGGAGGAUCUGUGUGCGCAGACGGUGCAGAUGAGCAAGGUGGCGGAUCGGAAGCACGUUGCUUCGCUGAGCAAGUGGCAGUGGGAUGCGACGGCGAGUGGGUUGGACAAUAGGAUCCGGGAUCUGCAGGAGACGGAGCGCGAGGUGGCGGCGGUGUUUGAGCAGGCGGUCGCGGCGCACGGGCGGGCGAGGAGGGAGGCGCAGGAGCUGAGGGUCCAGGUGCAGAGGUUGAUCGACGAGGCGGGGGAUCUGUUGGCCGGGCUGGAUCCGGAGGACCAGGCGUUGGAGGACGUGGAUCGGUUGAAUGCCGAGUUGCGCGCGGAGCAGAGCAAGCUCGAGCUGGCCGAGGGGGUGAGGCCCGAGGUGAUCGAUCAGUACCGCGAUCGGCAGAAGGAGAUUGCGGGGUUGACGGGGGAUAUUUCGGACCUGGUGGAGUUGCAGAGCAAGACGAACGAGAGGAUCGCCACGAUACGCGGCAAGUGGGAGCCGAUGGUGCGCAGGUUGGUGGGGGAUGUUUCGCGCGCCUUUUCUCGAGCGUUUGACGAUAUGGGUUUGGCGGGGGAGCUGAGGAUCGUGGAGGAUGAGGAUUAUGAGAAGUGGAAGUUGGAGAUCAUGGUCAAGUUUCGCAACAAGGAGGAGCUGGCGCCGCUGUCGGCGCAGCACCAGUCGGGGGGUGAGAGGACGUUGUCGACGAUCAUGUAUGUCAUGUCGUUGUUGCAGCUGAGUCGAUCGCCGUUUACGUUGGUGGAUGAGAUCAAUCAGGGGAUGGAUGGGACGGCGGAGAGGGUGACGCACAACCAUAUUGUCGGGUUGACGUGUAGGGGGGAAGCGAGCCAGUACUUUUUGAUCACGCCGAAGCUGUUGCCGGAUUUGGCGGUGAGAGAGAGGAUGAAGGUGUUGCUGGUGUGCAAUGGGGCUUUCGCUGAUGCCAGAGAAUGGAUGAUGCAUUGCUCGCUGUUCCUGCACACGCUACGAAUCAACACCGCACUUCGAAAACCAGAACUCAGCACUCGCACAUCCACAGAACAGCAGCACGACAUGCUGCAGAGACAAGAACUAGAGUUUUAA